AUGGGCCAGGGUUCCAAAAAUACUGCUUUGCGUUCUGUGGGCUCAGAACUUGCUGCUGAUGGAGUCCCUUGGUAUCACAAACGACAUCUUCUCAAGCUGAACGCCAUUCUUAUUUUCCCAUGGUUAUCUGCUGCGGCAUAUGGCUACGACGGUAAGCCGGACAAUCCCCGGACCGCCAAUUUCAAUAUCCAUGAUCCAGUUAUAACCAAGCAUUCCUCAUCCUUAGGCUCCAUGAUGAACGGGCUUCAAUCCCUGACCCAGUUGCGCGCGUAUUUCAAUGACCCGGACCCGUCAGUUCUCGGCCUGAUGAACGCCAUCUACGCCAUUGGCAAAUAUUUCGGCUUGUUCAUCACUGCAUGGUUGAACGAUUGCUAUGGACGGAGGCUCCCAAUGAUAAUUGGCUUCAUGCUUCUCGUUGUUGGUGCUGCGAUCCAAGGUGCUGCUUAA